AUGGUGAAGGGAUUUAUUCGCUGGUAUGCGGACUCUACUAUUGGCCGGCUCAGCAAUAGCGGGAAACCAACUGUGAGAACAACUAAGGCGUGCGCGGAGAGAUUUUUCGGUGGGUUUAAAGAGGCUACCAAAACUGAGGUCCCUGAAAUGGAUCGAAAAGAAAUAUACGCUACAAGCUUUGACACUGUUGACGAUGGGGUGCAGUGGAUAAAAAAUACAUUAACGAAAGAUGGUCAAGUCGUGAAUGAGAAAAAAAACAGAAAUUCAACUUCAAAAGAGACGACUUUUUAA